AUGGCUGUCUACACGCUGAACUUCACAGGGAAAUGGGAGCCUGACUCAGUUCGCUGUGAUACUCCAGAGCAACUGCUACUAAAAGGCUCCACAUCUGAAUACCUCGUGGACCCCAAGAGUCUUGCUGAACCCCAGGAGGACAAGGAGAGAGACCAGAAGCCACUGCCCCCACAAAAUGUGACAGUUUUCUUGAGACCAGGUCAAGCAGCAACAUUCAAAGUGAACUUCUAGUGGACCCAAGACAACUCCAUUGACCUGCACUUCUUGAUGGCCCCCUCUGGCUCUGUGCAAGGCCACCUCUCCAAUGUCCAGACACUGGGCAGUGACCUGCUCCAAGCCCUCAAUGAGAUCUCCAGGUCAGACCAAAUCGGCUUUGGAUCCAUUGUGAACAUGACCUUACAGCACAUCCUGAAGCUGACUGGGGACUCCAGCCAAUUUCAGAGGGAGCUGAAGAAGCAACUGGUUUCUGGAAAGCUGGCUACCCCCAAGGGACAGCUGGAUGCUAUGGUGCAAACACUUCUUCCCCAGGGAAAAAUCGGCUGGCACAAUGGGACCCAGUUUCUGGUGCUUGCCACUGACAAUGAUUUCCACUUUACUAAAGACAAGACUCCAGGUACCAGACAGAACACCAGUGAUGGUCACUGUCACCUGGAAAACAGCCUCUGCAGGAGCAGUGGAGAACCUGACUACCAGUCAGUGAUCCAGCUGGUGAGCAAACUGGCUGAAAACAACAUCCAGCCCAUCUGCAUGGUAGCCUCGAGGAUGGUGGGAACCUAUGAGAAACUUACCACAUUCAUCCCCAAGCUGACCAUCGGGGAGCUGUCAGAUGACUCCAGCAACGUGGCACAGCUCAUCAGGAACACCCACAGUUAACUCUUAUCCAGAGUCAUCCUGGACCACAGCACCCUCCCCAGCCUCCUGAAAGUUACCUAUGACUCUUACUGGAGCAAUAGAACAUCAAGUACAGGCAAAUCCAGAGGGGACUGCAAGGAUGUGCAAAUCAAUGACCAGGUCACCUUCCAGGUUAAUGUCACAGCUUCAGAGUGCUUCUGGGAGCAGUUCUUUUUCAUCCAGGCACUGGGCUUCAUGGAUUCAGUGACCAUGUGGGUCCUUCCCCUGUGUGAGUGCCAGUGCCAGGAGCAGAGUCAGCAUCACGGCCUCUGUGGAGCCAAGGGUGUUGUGGAGUGUGGCAUCUGUAGGUACAACUCUGGCUACACUGGAAAAAACUGUGAGUGCCAGACCCAGGGCAGGAGCAGCCAGGAGCUGGAGAGAAGCUGCCGGAAGGACAAUAGUUCCUUCGUUUGCUUGGAGCUGGGGGACUGCAUCUGUGGGCAGUGUGUGUGCCACACCAGUGAUGCCCCCAACAAAGUGAUCUAUGGGCGAUACUGCGGUUCCCAGUGUGACAAUGUCAACUGUGAGAGAUAUGACAGCCAAGUCUGCCCAUUCAGGGGCCGCUGCUCCUGCGGCCUAUGCAAUUGUGCGAAAGGCUUUGAAGGCUCAGCAUGCCAGUGCCAGAAGUCCACUGCGGGUUAUCUGAACAAAAGGCUGAAGGAGUGCAGUGGCCAUGGUCAAUGUCACUGUAACAGAUGCCUCUGUGACCUGGGCUACCUGCCACCACUGUGUGAGGAGUGUCCCAGCUGUACUUACCGUCACUGCUAUGAGUACUACUCCUGUGUCAGGUGCUUGGAACACAGCAGUGCAAUAGGAUGCACAGUUUGUCACGAUCUGCUGCUUUCAACCACUCCCUUGAAUGACAAGACCUGUAUGACUGAACGGGACUCAGAGAACUGCCAGAUGACCUUCACUCUAUAUCAGCCAGACUGGAGUGACAUCAAUUCCAUCCAUAUAAAGAAAAGACUAGGUGAGGCUGGACAGUGCCCAGAUCUGCCCAAUGCCACCAUCGUGCUGGGUGUUACAGUGGAUGUCCUGACGGUUGUUAUCUUCCUGCUGGUUUUCUGUAUGGUCUCUGUGAAGAAAACCCAGAAGGCUGCCAAGCUCUCCAGAAAGGAUGGGGCUCCAAGCAUAAUGGCACAGUAGCCUCAUUUCCAAGAACACCACCAUGAGGAGCCAGUGUGGAAUCUGGAGAGACAGAGUACCCAAUGA